AUGCUGCUAUUCCUUGUCAUUAAAUAUUUCAUUGCUCUAAUAGCAGUAAUAUUAUUAUCAAUUGCUGAAACAAAUGCACAGUGGGAUCUUAAUAUAUUUUCAUACAACAAUUGGGCAGGCGCCCAAUCGUUGAACAAUAAUCCAGCGCCUAAUGCACCACCACCACCACCACCUGCAGCACAAGCAGCACCAGCACCAGCUCAAACAACAUCGAAUCCUUUUGGUGCAUUACCUUCUGUACUUCUUUUGACUUUGCUUGCAAGCAGAUUGACUGGUAGAGGCUCACCAUAUCCUCAAUAUCCUUACUACAGUGGAUACGGAGGAUAUUAUCCAUAUACACCGUAUUAUUACUCUUACUAUGGUCGUUAUCCAUACUACUACUAUUAUUAUGGUUAA